GAUCUGGCGGAGGUUGCGAAGGAUGCCAAGGCACAGAUGGACGUCCAGUGUGCCUACUAUUCCGGCAAUGAGACUGCGCGAACCUUCCCGGUCGGCACCUCUCGGGAUUGUCUCUUCAAUACAGACCGCUACCCUGCAACCAGCACCAGAAGGUACAUAGACUUCCUUCAAGACCAGCUGGCGUGGUGGGACAAGGAAUACAUGAAGAUCCGUGCAUCGCGUGAAUUGUGCGAGCAAGCCAAGGAGGACGUUGUUGAAAAAGAGCGAAUUGCAGCCGAAGCCAAGAAGGUGUUCGAGGAGACCAGGGAGUUCUGCUCAAAAUCGCAGGUCUCGUUAGACGAGGCCUCGUGCUCAAACGAGAAAGCAGCCGAGCAGAAGUGCAGCACUGCGGGCAGCUGCGUUGACACUAAUUGGAAGAUUUACAACGGGACGCUCACGCAUGCGAAGGUGGAGGAAACCUUCCUCCAGGCCCAGAUGCGAGCAGUGGUUCGAAUUCACUGCUACCUGGGUAUCUUCGAGCUCAGCAACGUUUCUGCAGGCAUCGAAAACUGCAAGCACAAGGACUACCGAAAGGAUCCCAAUGUCACAGCGAUGACGUUCAAUGCACACGACAAGCCGCACGUCCCCUCCUGUCACCAUGAUCUGGCGGACGUCGCUGGCUACUGUGUGUAUGAAGACAAGUACUACAGCCGCACCUUCGGUCUCAGUGAUCCGUGCACUGCCAGCUGCUGCCCGACUGGGCCGGGCUGUAACGCCUCCACUCGCUAG